AAUAUUUGUUAGUCUUAAAAAAGGUUUUGACAAAUAAAAUUUUUAUAAAAAUAUAUAGCAUUUAAGAAAGCUGUAAUUAAGAAUGCAUAAACCGUCUUCUGCCGUUAAUUGGUUCUACGUUGAAGCUUACAAAAACAUUCCCGAGACUACUACUCAAGAAAUGCUUGAAAUGGGUCCAGGGAAAGGACAAAGUCAGAAAAGGAAGAAACGAUUCAAUUUUCAAAGCAUACAUUUUAUGUCCAACGAAGUUAUAAAGCCUCUUACAGUGUUGCCAUUAACAACUUCAUAUAGACGUGACUAUGAUCCACCCUAUGAACAAAUACCUAAUUCAAGAUUUGAUGAAGAGAAUAUACCAGAUCACCUUUGGAAUCGCAAACCGUUGAAUGAUUUCGCCGUGGAGCGUAUAACUUCUUCAGAAUUUAUGUUUAUGGAUGAUCAUUUGAUUGAUAUAACGCCUGAACGACGAAAAGUUAACUUUUUUAGACAGUUAAGAAAUCAACAUUACCCAUUGGUUUAAGUUAUCGUUGAGAUUUGGAUGUUUUCAUAAAACUAUAUUUUUCAUAAAUAAAAAUUAUAUUUUAA